AUGAUAACUAGACUGGAAACAUUACCUAAUGAAAUUCUUCUCCGUAUCUUUUCUCAUCUAUCAUGGUUCGAUAUGUUAACAUCUUUAUGGUCUUUAAAUAUUCGUUUCAAUUUUCUUAUCUGUUCAACAUUUUCAAUAAAUAACUGUUUAUUAAAUCGUGCUAUUAUUUUUACAGAACAACGUUUAUCUUAUAAUAAAUCUUGUUCAAUAUUAUUUUCGUUAAUUUUCAAAUCAUUAUAUCUUUGUUCUUCUAUUAAACGUAUUCAUUUUGAUGGAACAAAUUCAAUGGCUUGUGAUCUUAGCUAUGAAUGGUUAUUUAAUGAUAAAAAUAUGCUUCGUUUUCCUAAUCUUAAAUCACUUAUUCUUACUCGAUGUGGAUUGAUUGAAUCAUUAGUUCAAACUUUAUUUAAUCUUAUUAAACACCAAUUAGAUGAACUUGUAUUAACAUUCGAUGAGUCAGUCUUCCAUGGGAUGAAUUAUGUAAAAGAUCAUAUGCCAAUAUUUCCUGAUAGAGGUAAUCAAUCGAUCGUUUAA